ACUGGGUUUGAGGUUUAGUCGAAUUUAUGUUGGCAGCACACGUUCAAUAAAAUGUUCGACGAAAGGAAAAUGCUAUUACCAUACUACUACAGGAGUUCUGGCUUGUGCGAGAAACCUUCCUGGAACGUCUCAACUACUUGUUUUUGGAAAUCUAAUGGACUAUAAGCCCUCAGAUUCGAAAACAUCAAUAUUUAUUCUCCUUCAGGAGAGUCGCACCUGCUUGAUCCAACAUGAGAUAUUUGGAUCAGAGUUUAGUUGACUACUAUAGUACUAUCAGAGAGAAUAGCAGUUGGUAGGUUACUUGCCUCGCAGGGCAAGAUAGGACCGUUAUUUGCUGAUGCGUAACUAAGGUCCAAUCUUUCGAAUACCGCCACAGACUGCACCCUUUCUGCAGCCCUGAACUGAAAUGCCUUUAGACCUGUGAUGUAUAUUAAUUGGAUGUAACCCUGUGCAUCUCUUGGCGCAUGAUCCUCAACAGCCUGCCUAUUCCCGGCGCGCGUGAAUCUUUAUAACGUGGUGAGGUGGUACGCUUUAUUUAGCCAAUCUCAACGGCUACACUGAGCAGUACUUUUGACUAAGUCACAUUUGAAUGAAUUCAGCAGUAACAGUCAGGUUAUUCUGGAACCCGGACCACAUACAGCCGACCGUCUCAUUUCAUCCUGUGAAGAGACUGAUGAUGACGGAGAACAGCGAGAUGGAGACCGAGACGCAGCUCCAACGCUCGCCAAGCAACAUGUCCAUCACACCGGUGUCCAAGCUCCAGCGUCUGAAGCGCUCCCUCUCCUUUAAGACCCUGAUGCGCAGUAAGAGUGUAGAGAACUUCUUCCAGAGGUCCUGCAGUGACGCUCGUCUCCCCCCAGACUUCAUCACCGACCCGCCGCCCCCCUCCCCGCCCCCUGGCUCUCCCCUUGCCAGUGAAUGCUCACCCUCCCUCUCUCCGUCACUCAGCCCCAACCCCUCCCUCUGCUCCCACUCCCCGUCUCUAAGCCCCUCCCCCUCGCUGUCUUCCAAGGCCCCGCCCCAGACCCGCCCACUGACGCAGGUGAACCACUGCUUCCAGGAGCACGUUUUCCGCAAGCCCACCCACUGCCAGCUCUGCAAGCACCUGAUCGUGGGUAACUCUAAACAGGGUCUUCGGUGUAAAACCUGUAAGAUGGGUGCUCACCUGUGGUGCACCUCAGAGUUGUCCCAGCAGCCCUGCAAUGGAAAGUCUGGGGUCGGGGCCUUCAAGCGGAACUUCAGCUCUCCCAUGCUGGUCAACGAGCAGCUGGCUGUCGUCAAAGAGGUGCAGCCCACCCAAGGGGCAGGCCGGGGGCGUGGGGUGGACCCUAUUUACGCAGCCCUGCGCUAUGGGACGUCCCUGGCACAGAUGAGCCGAUCCAGUUUUGGGAGUGUGUCCGAGUCGCCCACGCACAGCCAGGGUGAAGGAGGGGAAGGAGGAGAGGAGGGGGAGCAGAGGCAGUACAGCAUAGAAGAGGAGAUGCCACAGGAGACAGGGGAUCUGCCUCCGUGUGAAAACGAGAAGGCUGAACCUGAGGGUGGGGGCAGCGAGCAGCUCCAGGAGCCUGUAGAGGAAACCAGCGUGAAGGUUCCCAAGCGUAUUGAGGUCCACUCGAUCCACACGUAUGUAGCGCUCUACAAGUUCCUGCCUCAGGAGCACAACGACCUCGGACUAGAGCCUGGUGAUCGGGUGCUGGUCACUGAUGAUUCUAAUGAAGAGUGGUGGAAGGGAAAGAGUGGAGACAAGGUGGGCUUCUUCCCUGCUAACUUCGUUCAGAGGGUGCGACCAGGGGAGAGGGUGUGGAAGGUCACCCAGCCUGUCCUUGCCAGCCGAGGGAUGGGCCACAUGCCAGUGAAGGAGGAUCAGAUCUGUGUGGGGAAGAGUGAGGACAGUGAGGGUUUCCUGAAGCUGAGCAGUGGGAAGAAGAGAGGACUGGUCCCUGCUGAAUCCAUUGAGGAGAUCUAACCUCUGUCUCAACACCAGCCCCCCGUCUCUCUCUGUCCAGCACCCUGUAACCUCCCCACACACCCCUUUAUAAGGCCUGAGGAGGACCAGCCAGUCCGGAGGUCCUCCAACACCACCAUCGUGAGGCCCACCACCCUACUAAACUGAGUGUGGAGCGGUGACAGUUAAGCUUGUGAAUUCCAGGUGAUGUGGAGGAUGCCCCAGUCUUAUGCUGGCUGACCUUGUCUCCUCCACCCCAAUGUAGCUGACAGCCCGGACUUGAAAGGGUUGGUUUCCCUUCCACAGUGGGUUGGCCUCUGUGUUUUGGAGGACUAUCUAAGCCUCCAAUACCUCAUGUUUUCCUGCUCUAAUGUACCUUUGUGUAUUAGUGAACUGGGUUUGUCUGUAGUCCACUCCACAAGGGUAAGAGUUUUAGGACUGAAGGACUGGCUGCUGUGGACUCCAAUAACUUCCCUCAGGAAGGAAGGAACUUUGAGACUAUUUUCUGUCUGGUGAGUCUGGUCUCUCUGUGUGUGAUUUGACAGGUUAUUUUUCACUGUCCUCUGUGGCUGGAUAUCAUGAGGCUGAAGAAUGCAGGAUUAAGGCCGUCGCAUAAUAUCCAGUCGAAACGUGGUGCGCCGUUUCGCGCAUAUAUAAUGACUAAAAUGUGUGUCGUUUCUGUUGGUUUUGGUGUUCGGGAGGUUUUUUCUGUUCGCUCACACAACAUUUUGUAUUGGGGCAAGUUGAAGUUCGGUAGCCGACGUCUACGCCCUUUCGUCUGUAAUUGGUCAACUGUAGCGUUUUCAAAUGAAGGUCUUUAAGGGCGUAUGAGAGCACAGUCGUGCGCGCACACCUAGAACCUGAACCUCCUGUUCUGCUAGGAGCAAACAGAAGCUAGUAUUAGUAUACGUUACCUUCAUCAGGAGGAUGUACUUGUGUUGUGUGUGGGAGUUCCUGGUUCCUGUUCGUGGACACUGCAUGGAAGAAAACAUUUGUUCUUUCUCUGACGAUCUAGAACAAGCGUCACACUCCUGAUGACAUCAUCACAGAUGGACGCCUACUAUGAUCACAGUAAUUCAUUUAAGAGGUGACCGUGAAGGAGAUAAUUGCAUGCUGAAGGAUGUACUUGUUUGAAUGCCCGGUGUCAGUGAGAUGUUCAGGAUAUUGGUGAUGGUUGUAGGUGUAGGUGCUUGCAUUUUCUCUCAUCCUUUCGUUUGGUCCACCUUCUCUCUCUCUCUCUCUUUCACUAUCUUUCUUUCUCUCGUCUCUCUCUCUCUCCUUCCGUCUUUCUCAGCUAUCACAUUGGUCCCUUGGCUGGGAUUUGACAUCAGCUUGAUUUAGACUGGCACAAAACUUAACUGCUCUGCAAGGACGGAUGGGCGGGCAGGCAGGCGACACUGGGCAGAGUACACCCUGGUCAGACCAGACAGCCAGCAGAGGACAGGACAAACUAGGUUUAUUUCGACACACACUCUCCCAGAUCCUGACUCACCGGCUGACUCACUGACAUUCGACCUUGCACUUGACAGGUUCCAGAAGGUCAGUCAGUUCCAGAAGAUCGGUUCCAGUAAUCCCCGUCAUUCUAUUGUACAGCUGGCGAAUCAAUCAAACACUUCAGAAAAUCUGUUUAUCUAUGUCCUAUUUAUUUAAAAAAAAAAUACAAAAUAUUCAAUUAGAUUGGGGUGGUGAAUACUUACAUAAAUACUUCAAUGUUUUUUGUUCUCUCUCUCAGUAGUGUUUGAAUAGCCUAGACUGUAGAAAACAUCUAUGAAUAGAGCCAAUGCUAAAAAAAGAAACAAAUGGAGCAACAACACCAUUUUUUAAACGGCUCUAAAAUUAGUUUCAAUUUUCGGGCCAAUUUAGCAGACGGGCACUGAGGAGCCGUGGAAGACUUGGGAAGUGUGUUCGUGUCUUUUGGCUCGUCUGUUUGGUCCACCGCUGGUAAACGAAUAACAGCCAAGAGCCAGUCGGCUGGAAAACCACAUGAACAGACCUUGUGAGUGUGACAACCGGACAUGGUCCCGCUAGUCUGAGGGACAGGGAGCGAGGGAUAUGGAGAGACGUAGACAAAAGGGGAUGACCCAGGUGUAGAACCAUCAUAAAUCAAUGUGUCUGUAUGCAGGUUUCUUUGUCUAUGGCUGACCAAUUCAACAUGGAUCAAAUGUCAGUCUCUCUCUCUCUCUCUCUCUCCAUUCCCCUCUCUUUCCCUCUGUCUCUGACACUAUUGGGCACUUUUGCUGCUAGUGGGAGGGGUAGCUGGACUGCUGUAUUGUACAUCUAAGCAUGUUUAAUGAUAGGAUAAUGGGUUGGAUUUCAAUGUUUCCAUAAUGUAUUGAUUAUUUAUUGAUUUAGACAGAUAUCUAUCUACUUGCUGAGUUGCAGCACGUAGCUGUCACACUGGUUGCAUUAAUAACAUGUCCCCUCCCGCUUCCUGUAAUAUAAGAAUACAGUAUAUACAGUUAGCCAUCUGGAGAGUUAAAGAAGUAUGGUCAUGAACAUAUUGGGUGCGUUAGUAAAUUCAAUCUGGAGUGCCAGAGUGCGCUCUGGGCGUUCGUAAAUUCAGAUUGUUGGUCAGAUUGUCCGAUCGUAAAUUCAGAGCGUUACGCUCUCUGAGCGUUCAGCGCUCACACUGGACGAGCUGGCGGAGGAGGAGGCUUGAUUCGGGCGUUCAGACCUCAUAAAGGCAGUCCAGUACCCAAGCUAACUUGCUAGCUACUUCCAGAAACAAAUGAGAGAGCACCUCACUCGGACCAGUUUACUUGACCUAGCAGAGCUGGUUAGGCUGUUUUCAUGUUAUCCAGAGCGUUUUGUGACUGUAACUGUGCUGCUGGCAACAAUUUAAUUGCGCUUUCUUUGACGAUGUUUACUGACACCAGCCAUAUUCAACGGGUGUUAAGCGUUUGUAAAUUCAUCAGUUAUAUUCUGCUCUCUGGCACACUCAGACGAGAGGUGCUCUGAAAUCAGAGUAGAUAGAAUGAGUGAAUUUACGAACACCCCCAUUAUUUCAGUGUUUUGUUCCUCACAUAGUGCAUUGUAAUAUGAUCAUCUUUGAGUCUAUAUCCUCUGUCUGUGGAUGGAUGAUGUGUCACAGACUGUGAUGAAUGUUGUUUUUUUCCUUCCGCUGGGGCCAUGUGUUCCUAUGUAUAGCAAGGACUUCUCUGGUCCUCACAGUGCCAAACCAGAAGCUAUACCCAGUCACUGGGUGUACAGCUGGAGGAAUUGUUUGUUAGCUUAUUCCUUACCGAAUUUUCACACGAGAUGUACAUUUCCGGUAGGGUUCAUGUAGACAGAGUCUGUCACCCUUUGUGGACCCUGUUUGAUUCGCUCUUCGUGUAACAUUUCUAUGUACAGGCCCUGGCCUCGUUUCCCAGUUGUGAUGUAAUUUAAGCAUUACGAUGAUUUUACCAGAUGCAUCGUUAUUUACGAAUCAAUUUUUUAAAAGAGCUACUGCCUCUAUAAUUUUGGUCAUAAAGUCAGUCUCGUCCAAAACAGAUUUGCGGGAUGAUAGGGUACAGUAUCAGUUUUCUGUGUUUUUAUUUUAUUUUUUAUCCUGCUGGCAGCACACAAGUAAUCAUAUAUUCAAAGCGACGCUGCACUCGAUCAUAAUGCCCAUGGUCAAUAUCCCUAUGGGGCAAGUUAGGGACCAUCAGUAAAUUACACAAUAUUGGGACAUUAAAACGUUAAUAGCUCCAAAUUUCAAUGACUUAAAAACCUCAACCAAUAAAAAUGUAUAUACAGGUAUUGAAAGCAUUUAACCUUUUACUGCAGUGGGCUAAAUCAGGGUUACACGGAGUGUUUCUUGGUAGUCUUAAAAAUCUACUUUGAAACAAAGUAUACACCUCACACACAUGGCUAUGGGCUUUAAAAUACCUUGACCUAGUCAGAUAUAGUUGAAAUGUAUUACAUUUUGAGUUUGCAUCCCAAUAUUACACUUUAUUUACAUCACAGAAUACUGAAAUAUAACAAAACUGUUUGACAUAGAAACACCAGAUUUUCGGAAGUAUUUUUCUUUUAUAAUGUUGAUUUAAUUACGAAAUUAUGAAAAAUAUGAAUAACAUUCCACUCAUGAGGCCACUAGGUAAUUUGGCUGCAUGAAAGAGGUACUGAGACAACCAAAAAAUACGCACAUGAAAUUAUUGUCCCAUUUACAUUGUGUAAUUCAAUGACAUCCCUAACUAUCCCCAGAGAUACGCUAUACAAAGCCAAACCAAUCCUCGCCCCGACCGCACACCAGCCAGCUGAAGCUAAGUGGCUAAAUCAUUUGGCUAACUAUUCCAACCUGCGAACACACAAGACACCCACAUUAAACCACACCCCGAAACCAACUCACGUUGAAUUCCGUCAUGGCCGCUAGCAUUUAUUAACGAAUCAAAUCUAAAACGAGGCCAAAUUAGGAAGUGCAGUCACCCUUUCAAAGUGUUUCCCAAACAAGCAUGCAGAGAGGUGUUACGUUCUCGUCAUCAGACCAUGUGUCGAUACUGAUUGGAUCAAAAUAAAAGCAGCACUCUCAAAUCAGCUUUCUCCAUUCAAAUCUGACCUUAACAUUAGAAUUAUCCCACAAUCCUGACAAUGGAUCACCUCCUAUGAGAUAUUACCACCUACAGCAUGGCUGCAAAUAGGCUAUUGAUGCGGCUUAUUAUGCUUCCCCAAUAACAAUGCAUUAAAUCACAGAGUGGGCCCAUCAUUGCGCAAGCGUUGUCACACAUCAUGAAACACAUUGAGGCAAAAAAUGACAGAGAGUAGCCUUGUAGAAAAAUAGAACUCAAUUGAUUGAACAUUACAUUAAUUUCAGUCUGAUUGAAAUAGCCUAUAUAGGCCAUGUAUUCUAUGUGUCUUUUAAAGCAGUCAUCUCGCUUUUCAUUUGAAGCAUAAUUGUAUCCUUGACCUGUUUGUAACAAAUACUUUGGCAACUUUGUAUUUGUAGGUAACUUCGUUUUGAAGUUGUCACAGUCAGACAGAUAGCCUAAACAUCUUGAUUCUAUGUUUAGCAGAGAUCUGUGAAUAAAGUGACGCAAAAAGGGCACUUUGGGCACGAGUGGUCUGCAAAGGUUUUUAAGAGCCAUGUUACUAACGAAGGCUCUGGGAAAACACCUCGGCUAAUAAAGAGACAUCGUAAGAACGUUCUAGCGAUGAUCUGUCAAGAGGAAGGCUCUGGGAAACGAGGCUCUGCACAGUAAGUGUAUGUUUUAGUGUGUGUGCGGAUAUAGCCUUAGUUAAUAUCACUGGAAGAACACAUGCCUCAAUAAAAAAAACUUUACCCCUGACUGAAA